GAGGGGUGGGGGGGAACGCGGAAACGCGGGAACGCCAUGGGCGCGGGGAAGAGGACGAAGCUCGUCCCCGAGUGGCUCAACAACCCCCUCUGGUCCUCGCCGCCGCCCUCCGCCGCGGCGGUGGCGGCGGCGCAGCCGGCGCCGGCGCUGGCGCGGUAUGAGUCGCCGCCUAGGGCUCCUCCUCCGCUGCCGCCGCCGCAGACGGAAUCGUCGAUGCCGCCGCCUCAGCCGGCGCGGGGUGUGAAAUCGGAGGCGGCGGAGGAGGCGAGCCCCUCCGGGGCGUCGCGCGCGGAGGAGUCGAUCCAGUCGCACCUGUUGGCCGAGUUCAAGCUCAUGUUGUCGAAGAGGGUGGUGAAUCUCGGGGAGCUGCGGAGAUUGGCGUGCCAGGGGGUUCCGGAUGGUGCCGGUAUACGCCAGACCGUUUGGAAGCUUCUAUUGGGAUAUUUGCCAACCGAUCGUACAUUGUGGGCACAUGAGUUGGAGAAGAAGCGUUCUCAGUAUGGUGCAUUUAAAGAUGAGCUUCUUCUGAAUCCUUCAGAAAUAACGCGAAGAAUGGAAGAAUCGGAGGGUUUCAAAACUAUAGAGUUGAAGUCUGAAGGGACUGGCUUGCUUUCAAGGUCAGAGAUUACUCAUGGAGAACACCCACUGAGCCUUGGGAAAACUAGUGUGUGGAACCAGUAUUUCCAGGAGUCAGAGAUUGUAGAACAGAUUGACCGAGAUGUAAAGCGCACCCACCCUGAGAUGCCAUUUUUCUCCAGUGAUACAUCUCUCGCAAAGUCUAAUCAGGAGUCUUUGAGGCGGAUACUUAUAAUAUUUGCGAAACUAAAUCCAGGAAUAAGAUACGUGCAAGGAAUGAAUGAAGUUCUGGCACCUCUAUUCUACGUAUUCAAGAAUGAUCCAGACCAGAAUAAUGCGGCCUAUGCAGAAGCAGACACCUUUUUUUGCUUUGUCGAGUUGCUUAGCGGUUUCAGGGAUAACUUUUGCAAGCAGCUUGAUAAUAGCGUCGUGGGCAUACGCUCUACAAUUUCCAAACUAUCCCAGCUCUUAAAGAGGCAUGACGAAGAGCUUUGGCGCCAUUUGGAAGUUACAACAAAGGUGAAUCCACAAUUCUACGCAUUCAGAUGGAUCACAUUGCUGUUGACGCAGGAGUUCAAUUUCGCUGAUUGCCUUCACAUCUGGGACACCCUAUUAGGGGAUCCCGAAGGUCCACAGGACACUUUACUACGGAUCUGCUGCGCGAUGCUGAUACUCGUCCGCAGGCGCCUCCUGGCCGGCGAUUUCACCGCCAAUCUCAAGCUCCUGCAAAAUUACCCACAAACUAACAUCGAUCACCUCCUACAUGUCGCUAACAAGUUGCGCGGCCUGGUGGCCAACUAAUCCUAAUCCCUUGAUUCUUCAUAUUGGUUUUUUUUCGUGGUUUUAUUUUUCUCUUGUUUUUCUUUGUGUUUGUUUUACGCUUUACUUUAUCUUAGCCAUGUACAUGCUAUGUAUCUUUUUGUGUGUGAAUGUAAAACAUCAACUUCUAUGUUUUCACUGGUCCUUUGAAUUACUUGGGUCUUUACCUCCAUAUAUGGAGUAUAUACUUUUGAUCCGAAUUACGGAUCAAAUUAAGUUCGAAGAUAGAUUUUUCUUGUAUUGUAAAGUGGAUGGAUACGGAAAAACUCGGUUCGAAUUAUGCUGGAGUAUUAUUUUGAGAGUAAAUUUCAAUUGAGAUUUGACGGUGA